AUGCGCCCCCUCUGCAUACGGUGCUGCGCAUUCUUCCGCCAACAGCGCGCAUUCUCCUCAUCCGCCACCCAACUCUCUUCAGCCUCAAAGUCGAUCCAAGAAACCCUCACAAAGCCGACAUGGUCCGUAGCCUCCCUUCUACCACAGUCAGAUAGCCCGAAUCCAUCGACAGAACAACCAAUUACUCGCUCGAAACUACACCACCUUCUCCGUCUCUCUGCCCUCCCGCUCCCUGAAACUGAAGCAGAAGAGGCUGCUAUGCUCCGCACUUUGCACUCACAGCUGCACUUCGUGCGCGACGUCCAAAGCGUUGAUACAUCAAGCGUUGAACCACUCCGCUCGUUACGUGAUGAGACUACCGAGGGCGCAACGGAAGCAAUGGUCGGAUUACAACAAUUACAAGAAGCUCUGGCAAAGGAGGUUCAUUUUGGCCACAAGAGGCGGCCUAAGAGACAACAUGGAGACAAGGUCGACACCAAGGGUGUUGAAGACUGGAACCCAUUGGAGACAGCGUCCAGAGCUGCUGGAAAGUACUUCGUUGUUCAGAGCAGGAAGGAGGAGUCAUGA